ACUUCCGGGAAGAGCGCAUCUCGCCAACCAGAAUUGAGGAGGGUGUAGCCAGUGCUAAGUUCGCUUGCGGCUGACCUUUCUUUUGAAUGUCGUGAGUUCCAUUUGUCCCAGAAUACGGUCCGCUACCGCUGUGACAUGAGUGUUAGGGAAGGCGGGUUGUCACGUUUCUACAAGCCUUCCAGUCAAAAGGGAAACCUUGCCUAAGUCCUUGUAGUUGAGAAAUCUCUAAGAGGUGGAAGCAAAUACUGCACAUGCGUGUUGGUCCUGUGAGGGAAACCAGCUAGUGGAGAGGGAGAGGUUGAAGGAACAGAAAAAUGAGAAGAUAACUCACUGGAGGCUGAAGUGGGAGGAUCGCUUGAGUCUGGAAGCUUGAGACUGCAGCAAGCUGUGAUCGUGACACUGCACUCCAGCCUGGGCAACAAAGUAAGAUCCUGUCUCAAAAGAAAAAAAAAAAAGGUGAAGCUGAACCCAGAUCUACACAUACAGCUAAUCUUAACAAAAUGUGUGGAAGUAAAGCAAUCUGAAGGAAAUUCAGUACCAUACAAUUUACUGACUGAAAUACAUCAUAUUGCUCAUACUAAGAAUAAGAGUGGAGAAGAACCAUUUUUUUCCUGCUAAAAUGAUAGAGGCAGAAGAGCAACAGCCUUGCAAGACAGACUUCUAUUCUGAAUUGCCAAAAGUGGUGAGAAUUCAACUACAGAAAUCUUGAGUGGUUGCUAAUUAUAAUGAUUUUGAUGUUGCUUCUUUUCAUCAAAGUAAAUUUUGGCUGGGCGCAGUGGCUCGUGCCUGAAAUUCCUGCGCUUUGGGAGGCCAAGGCGGGUGGAUUCACCUGAGGUCAGGAGUUUGAGACCAGACUGGCCAACAUGGCAAAACCCCAUCUCUACUAAAAAUACAAAAAUUCGCUGGGCUUGGUGGCAUGCCUGUAGUCCCAGCUACUCAGGAGGCGGAGGCAGGAGAAUCGCUUGAACCCGGGAAUCGGAGGUUACAGUGAGCUGAGAUCGCACCAGUGUACUCCAGCCUGGGUGACAGAGGGAGACUCCAUCUCAAAAAAAGAAAAAGAACUUCAUGCCCACUUGAAUGGAUCCAUUAGUUCUCAUACCAUGAAGAAAUUAAUAGCCCAGAAGCCAGAUCUUAAAAUCCACGAUCAGAUGACUGUGAUUGACAAGGGAAAGAAAAGAACUUUGGAAGAAUGUUUCCAGAUGUUUCAAACUAUUCAUCAGCUUACUAGUAGCCCUGAAGAUAUUCUAAUGGUCACAAAAGAUGUCAUAAAAGAAUUUGCAGAUGACGGCGUCAAGUACCUGGAACUAAGGAGCACACCCAGAAGAGAAAAUGCUACCGGAAUGACUAAAAAGACUUAUGUGGAAUCUAUACUUGAAGGUAUAAAACAGUCCAAACAAGAAAACUUGGACAUUGAUGUUAGGUAUUUGAUAGCAGUUGACAGAAGAGGUGGCCCUUUAGUAGCCAAGGAGACUGUAAAACUUGCCGAGGAGUUCUUCCUUUCUACUGAGGGUACAGUUCUUGGCCUUGACCUCAGUGGAGACCCUACUGUAGGACAAGCAAAAGACUUCUUGGAACCUCUUUUAGAAGCUAAGAAAGCAGGUCUGAAGUUAGCAUUGCAUCUUUCAGAGAUUCCAAACCAAAAAAAAGAAACACAAAUACUCUUGGAUCUGCUUCCUGACAGAAUCGGGCAUGGAACAUUUCUCAACUCCGGUGAGGGAGGAUCCCUGGAUCUGGUGGACUUUGUGAGGCAACAUCGGAUACCACUGGAACUCUGUUUGACCUCAAACGUCAAAAGUCAGACAGUUCCAUCUUAUGACCAGCACCAUUUCGGAUUCUGGUACAGCAUUGCCCAUCCUUCUGUGAUCUGUACUGAUGAUAAGGGUGUUUUUGCAACACACCUUUCUCAAGAGUACCAGCUGGCAGCUGAAACAUUUAAUUUGACCCAGUCUCAGGUGUGGGAUCUGUCUUAUGAAUCCAUCAACUACAUCUUUGCUUCUGACAGCACCAGAUCUGAACUGAGGAAGAAAUGGAAUCACCUGAAGCCCAGAGUGUUACAUUUUUAAGCUAUAAUGAGGUGAACUACUUCUGAGUAUGUGUUUCAAUCAAGUUCUUGCCAUAUCCCACUUAGUAAAACAGUCCACCACUCCUUUGAAGCAUAGAAACCAAGUUCCUUGGGCUCUAUCACCAGCACCUUACACAUGGCAGGUACUCAGUAAACACGUGUCUUCAACUGACUCACAAGCUCUCAGGUGCUUACUGGGUGGGACUUGACUGUUGUUGCUAAUUAAAUCUCCAUUCCACCAGUGAUUAUUGUGACUCAGCAGUCCUUCCCUAUUAGUGAUCAUAAAAUUUCAGGGAAAUCGAAGUUUCUCAUCAGGAAAUGUUUUGGAAUUACUAGUAUAAAGUUAGGGAAGUGGGGAAAUUAGGCUACUGCUGAGACCUUUAAGCCUUCUAAACAGCUUUAUAUUUUAUUGUGCAUACUUUAAUCAGACUCCCUUCACUCGCUUUAAGUUUUUAAAAGUAUUCCCCAGCUGGAUGUGAUGGCUCAUGCCUAUAAUCCCAGCACUUUGGGAAGCCAAAGUGGGCAGAUUGCUUGAUCCUAGGAGUUCAGUAGCAGCCUAGGCAACAUGGAGAAACCCUGUCUCUACAAAAACAAAAAACCGGAAAUUAGCCAGGCACGGUGGUGCACACCUGUAGUCCCAGCCACCAGGGAGGCUAAGGUGGGAGGAGACCUGAUCCCAGGGAUGUUUGAGGCUGCAGUGAGCUGUGAUGCUACAGCACUCCAGCCUGGGCAACAGAGUGAAACCCUGUUUCAAAAAAAAGAAAAGUAUUCUCCAAGAUCCCAAGACCAUUGACACCAGGCCACAUUAUAUACCAGGGAUUUAUGUGAAUGCCUAGGGAUGACCGUAGUGACAGAUAAAGCUAGGUGCUGAGAUCUGGUUUUGCCCUCUUCAUGAUUGUCCCAUCAGUACUAGAAAGUGAAGUCAUUGCUCCAAUUUUGGAAGAGGAGAGAAUAACUGGCUGAGGGGUGAGAAAGACAGAAAUAGCUGCAGCUCUCUCUUUUUUUUUUUUUCAACAAAGGCUCUCACUCUGUUCCCCAGGCUGGAGUGCAGUGACAUGAUCACAGAUCACUGCAGCUUUCAGUUUUAAAACAGCUUCUAUUACAUUUUCUUUGUGGAAGCUGUAUUUCUACUUUAGUACUCACUUUCUGCUCGGUCUGAAAGAUACCUCUAGUAGUGGCAACAUUGUGUUAAGUAGAGUUCAUUGGGUCUCUUGUAACCCUACCCCUACAUAAUGGACCACUGGUGCAGGCUUACAUAAACACACAUACUGUGGCCACUUCAGCUGAAGACAAGGGACAAACUAAGAUAGUUCUGAAAGGUAAAAAAACAAACAAACAAACAAAAAACAAAAACAAAAUUAUUAGAUACCAAGUUAUGCUUGAAUUGCUUUGCUCUUUAGAAUGUGUGUUUUUCCCUGGUAUCAGAAGAAGUUAAGGCUGAUGACACCCCUAAUUUAAAUUACUAAGGAUUUCUGAUAGGUUUUCUGUCUUUCUGUGAUAUCGUAAAGUAUUUAUUUGGUCUUUGACCCUGUUUCCUGGCAUACUGCUUCUAAAAUCCUUAGAGUCUCCAGAGUGAUGGCUUUUUGUAUCUAAUGAGUUGACUGCUGGCUGGCAGCCCCUAGGGGCUGGUCACUGGAAAGACAAAUGCAUGAUUAGAGUUGGGACUUUCAGUCCUCCCCCAAACUCUUGUGAGAAGGGCUGAAGGUUAAGUUGAUCACCAGUGACCAGUGGUAAUCAUACCUUCAUAAUGAAGCCUCCAUAAAACUCCAAAAGAACAGAUUUCGGAGCACUUCCAGGUAACUGAACAUGUGGAGGUCCCUAGAGGGUGCUGUACCUGAAGAGGGUAGAGGGUAUAGGAGCUCCCUGUCCCUUCCCACAUGCCUUGCUCUAUCCAUUUCUUCAUCUCUAUCCUUUGUACUGUCCUUUAUAAUAAACCAGUGAACCUAAGUGUUUCCCUGAGUUCUGUGAGCUUUACUAGCAAAUUAAACUCAAGGAGGGGUCAUGGGAACCCUGAUUUAUAGGUUUGGUCAGAAGCACAGGUAAAACCACCUGGGGUUUGAACUUGGCACUGGAAGUGGGCAGCAGUCUUGUGGGACUGGGCCCUCAAUCUGUGGGAUCAAAUGCCAUCUCUAGGGGAUAGCAUGGGAAACUGGAGGACACCUAGCUGGUAUCUGCUGCAAAAUUGAUUGCUUGCUUGGUCGUGGGGAAAAAAACUCCACACGUUUGGUCAGAGAAGUUUCUGUCUUUAUUGUGGUGUGAGAGCAGAGGAAAAAAGUUUGUUUUUUCCACUCAGACUUUGUUUUAAGGAACAGGGGAGAGGGAAGUUCUGUGGUUUUUGAAGUUCUUAGAUACGUGUGUGUAGCUUUGUGUGGCAUUAUAUAUAGCAUUAUAUUAUUUUCUACCCUUAUCUACUCAUACAGAAAUUGCACAGUAAAAACAUCAAAGUUUAUUCAUAAAAUGUGGAUCUAUUGCAGUCACUAAAAAUGUUGUAGAACAGAUUUUAAUGACUGAAAGUGUUCAUGAUAAUAUAUUCAAUGAAAAUAUGGUUAUAAAGUU